ACCCCACCCCUCCCCUUCCCUUUCUGCUGUGAGCUCAGAACUAACUACAGGACAAACCGUAUGGGACAAGGAGAGGAGCUGAGAGCAGCCAUGAGCUCUGGAGGACUGGGCCUCCUAGGGACUAGGUGGCCUCUGCCCCUACUGCUUCUUUUCAUCAUGGGAGGCAACGCACUGGAUUCUCCACCCCAGAUCCUAGUUCAGCCCCAGGACCAGCUGCUUCAGGGUCCUGGCCCAGCCAAGAUGAGCUGCAGAGCAUCGGGCCAACCACCUCCCACUAUCCGCUGGCUGCUGAAUGGGCAGCCCCUCAGCAUGGCCACCCCAGACCUACAUUACCUCCUGCCUGAUGGGACCCUCCUGCUACGUCGGCCCCCAGUCCAGGGAAGCCCACAAGAUGACCAGAAUGUCCUCUCAGCAGUCCUGGGUGUCUACACAUGUGAGGCCAGCAACCGGCUGGGCACAGCAGUGAGCCGGGGUGCUAGGCUGUCUGUGGCUGUCCUCCAGGAGGACUUCCAGAUCCAGCCUCAGGACACAGUGGCCAUGGUGGGCAAGCGCUUUGUUCUUGAAUGUGGGCCGCCCUGGGGCUACCCAAAGCCCUCAGUCUCUUGGUGGAAAGACGGGAGAUCCCUGGUCCUCCAUCCAGGGAGGCACACAGUGACUGGGGAUUCCCUGGUGGUGGAACAAGCAGAGAAGAAUGACACGGGGACCUAUAUGUGUAUGGCCACCAACAAUGCAGGGCAACGGGAAAGCAGAGCAGCCCGGGUGUCUAUCCAGGAGUCACGGGACCACAGCGAACAUCUGGAGCUUCUGGCUGUUCGCAUUCAGCUGGAAAAUGUGACGCUGCUGAAACCAGAACCUGCGAAAGGCCCCAAGCCUGGGCCAGCUGUGUGGCUCAGCUGGAAGGUGAGCGGUCCUGCUGCGCCUGCUGAGUCGUACACAGCCUUGUUCAGGGCCCAGAGAGCCCCCGGGGACCAGAGAUCUCCAUGGACAGAGGUGCUGCUGGGUGGCUUGCAGAGUGCGAAGCUUGGGGGCCUCCACUGGGGCCGAGACUACGAAUUCAAAGUGAGACCGUCUUCCGGUCGCGCUCGAGGCCCUGACAGCAACGUGUUGCUCCUGAGGCUGCCCGAACAAGUGCCCAGCGCGCCACCUCAAGACGUGACUCUAAAACUUGGCAACAGUAGUGUCCUUGUGCGUUGGGCUCCACCGCCAGCUGAAAACCAUAAUGGCGUUAUCCGUGGUUACCAGGUCUGGAGUCUGGGGAACUCCUCAUUGCCAGCUGCCAACUGGACUGUGGUGGGUGGACAGACCCAGCUGGAGAUCUCCACACGAAUGUCAGGCUCCUAUUGUGUGCAAGUGGCUGCAGUCACUGGUGCUGGGGCUGGAGAGCCCAGUAGCCCUGUCUGCCUACUUCUAGAGCAGGCCAUGGAGCAAUCAGCACAAGACCCCAGGAAACAUGGUCCCUGGACCCUGGAUCAGCUGAGGGCCACCUUGAGGCGACCAGAAGUCAUUGCCAGUGGUGCCGUCCUGCUCUGGUUGCUGCUACUAGGCAUUGCUGUGUGUAUCUACAGACGACGCAAAGCUGGGGUGCACCUGGGACCAGGUCUGUACAGAUAUACCAGUGAGGACGCCAUUCUAAAACACAGGAUGGACCACAGUGACUCCCCGUGGCUGGCAGACACCUGGCGUUCCACCUCUGGCUCUCGAGACCUCAGCAGCAGCAGCAGCCUCAGUAGUCGGCUGGGAGGGGACCCUCGGGACCCAUUAGACAGCAGACGGUCCUUGAUCUCCUGGGACCCCCGAAGCCCCGGUGUGCCCCUGCUUCCAGACACCAGCACUUUCUAUGGCUCCCUCAUUGCAGAGCAGCCCUCCAGCCCUCCAGUUCGGCCAAGCCCCCAGACACCAGCUGCUAGGCGCCUUCCAUCUAAGUUUGCCGGAACCUCCAGCCCCUGGGCUAGCUCAGAUAGUCUCUGCAGCCGCAGAGGACUCUAUUCCCCACGCAUGUCGCUGGCCCCUGCAGAGGCUUGGAAGGCCAAAAAGAAGCAGGAGUUGCACCAAGCCAACAGCUCCCCACUGCUGCGGGGCAGCCACCCCAUGGAAAUAUGGGCCUGGGAGAUGGGAGGCAGGGCCUCCAGGAACCUUUCCCAAAGCCCAGGAGAAGCCCCCAGAGCCGUGGUAGCCUGGCGUGCCCUGGGACCACAGCUUCAACGCAACUCCAGUGAGCUAGCAACUCGUCCACUCCCUCCAACACCGGUCUCUCUUUGUGGAGCCCCUAGUCAUGAUCAGCAGAGCCAGUGUGUGGAGAAGCUCCAAGCUCCCUCCUCUGACCUACUGCCAGUGGCCCCUCUCUCCAUCCUUAGCUCCUCCAGGCCUCCCAGCCCCCAGGCCUCUUUCCUCUCUGGUCCUAGCCCAGCCUCCAGCAACCUCUCCAGCUCCUCACUGUCAUCUUUAGAAGAAGAGGAUCAGGACAGUGUACUCACCCCUGAGGAGGUAGCCCUGUGCCUGGAGCUCAGUGAAGGGGAGGAGACACCCAGAAACAGUGUGUCUCCUAUGCCAAGGGCUCCUUCACCCCCAACAACCUACGGCUAUAUCAGCAUACCAGCAUCCUCAGGACUGGCAGACAUGGACAGAGCCGGUGGCGGGGUGGGGUCUGAGGUUGGAAACUUACUGUGCCCACCUCGGCCCUGCCCUACUCCUACCCCCAGCGAGGGCUCCCUGGCCAACGGUUGGGGCUCCGCUUCUGAGGACAAUGUCCCCAGCGCCAGGGCCAGCCUGGUCAGCUCCUCUGAUGGCUCCUUCCUUGCUGAUGCUCACUUUGCUCGUGCCCUGGCAGUGGCUGUCGAUAGCUUUGGUUUUGGUCUGGAGCCCAGGGAAGCUGACUGUGUCUUCACUGAUGCCUCAUCACCCCCCUCCCCUCGGGAUGAUCUCUCCCUGACCCGAAGCUUCUCUUUGCCUCUGUGGGAGUGGAGGCCAGACUGGUUGGAGGAUUCUGAGAUCAGCCACACCCAGAGGCUGGGGAGGGGGCUGCCUCCCUGGCCUCCCGACUCUAGAUUCUCUUCCCAGCACAACUGGCUCAAUGGCGCUGUGCCCAAGGCUGGUGGUAAGUAUCUGGCUGGCUUGAUAACAUGGUGUCCUUAAUCCAGAAACUCUGGAGAAGAGUCAAAAGGGUCAACAGGGAGCCUGGGCUGGGCGCAGUGGCACAUGCCUAUUAACUCUGUGAGUUCGAGGCCAGCCUGGUCUACAAAAUGAGUCCAGGACAGCCCAGGCUACACGGAGAAACCUUGUCCCAAAAA